GUAGGGACAGCUUCGUCCCCCAAACUCAAUAUCGGACCAAGUGCCGAGAUUUCUUGACUUUGAAGUAUUGCCGUAGACCCCUCCGCCCUGCCGAGAAUGGAACAACUGAAAAGCCUAGGCAUAUAUCGGCCUCCCCUUGGAUGCAAACUGGGUUGGCCUAGAAAGCCAAGUAAUUUUGAUCUUACAUAUAGAGCUGCUCGGGGAAGCUGUCAUUGAAAACUACUAAUAUUUACUCCUAUACAACCCCUGGGUUUUACGGGUCGAUUUAACUCACUUCCUGACCAUAUAAACAUAGCGGCCCGAUCCCAUCCGUCAUGACAGGCCCUUUGGACAUGAAAAUAAUUAUAGCUGGGGCGGGCAUGGGAGGCCUGGGCUGUGCACUAUCCCUGGCAAGGAAGGGCUUCAAGCACAUCGAAGUGUACGAGACUGCCUCGAACCUGGGCUUCGUCGGCGCCGGCAUUCAGAUGGCUCCAAACAUGGUGCGUAUCCUGGACAGGCUUGGUUGCUGGAGAGGGAGUGGGAUCGAGAAGGAGGCUACGAAUGUCAAGGAAACGAGCAUCAGACAGGGCAGCACCAACGAGGAACUUGCCCAUGUCAACAUGCCGGACAUAGCUGCCAAGUAUGGCUACCCUCACUGCACUGGCCAUCGCUCAUCCUUGGCAGGCGGCAUGUAUGAAGCCUGCAAGAAGGAGCCGGCCAUCACGUUUCACUUCGGGACGUCAGUCGUAGGCGUGAGCAACUGGGGUCCCGCAAAACCUCACGUCACGGUUCGGUCCGCGGGUGCCGACGAAGAAACGAAGGACGUGGAGGCGGACGUGGUCCUUGCAGCGGAUGGCAUCAAGAGCGUCGUGCGGAGGGAGAUGCUCGCUCGUUACGGAGCCGAGCCCGAGGAGGAGGAUACCGGCCAGGCCUGCUACCGUAUCAUGCUGACGCGGGCCGAAAUGGAGGCGAUCGGCGAGCCGGAGCUCCUCGAGCUUAUGGACAGCGACCUGGUCGUGCGCUGGAUCGGGGAGAAGCGCCACAUCAUCGCGUACUCGGUCGCGGGCAAGUCCAUCUACAACCUGUCGACGACGCAGCCCGACGUCAACUUUGCCUCCGGUCCUACCUCGACUUACACGACACGCGCGUCCAAGGAGGCAAUGCUCAAGGUUUUUGAAGACUUUUGCCCGCUCGUCCAGAAGAUGCUUAACAUGGUGCCGAGCGGUGAUGUUUGCGAGUGGAAGCUGCGGCAGCACAAGACGCUGCCGACGUGGUGCGAUGGCCCCGUUGCCCUGCUCGGUGACGCCUGCCACCCGACGCUGCCGCACCUGAGCCAGGGCGCCGCCAUGGCCAUCGAGGACGGCGCGGUGAUCGCAGAGGUGUUGAGCCGCCUGCCCCCGGGUGAGGUAGACCCUGUUCAGGUCGGCCGCUGUCUCAAGGUGUACGAGCAGCUGCGGAAGGAUCGUACCUCAGAGCUGGUCAGCCUAGCGGCCAUGUCGGCCCGGGCACUGCACUUGGGCGACGGCAAGGCCAAGGAGGAGCGAGAUCGGCAGUUUGCUGAAGCCCGCGCCAAGGGUGGUGCCCCCGUUCCGGACAAGUGGGCCUCGCCCGAGGUGCAAAAGAUGAUAUACUCACAUGACUGUGUUCAACAUGCCGCCGAGAAUUACGACGGUAUCCUGGCGAACAUGUCAUAGAAUCCCCUGGUUGGUCUGCAGGUAGCCUGUGUAGAUUGAGCGCAAACAGCCACGAAGAAUAGCUAUAAUCCCAAUAGGUAUGGUGGCAAUAUUCGUUUCGAGUCUUGACAUCUGCUGGAUAUUUGAACUUGGCAAAUAUAAACCUGUUUCCUAGGAAAAU